UCUACGUCAAAAUAUUAGCGUAGAAACUCUUCAAUUUCUUCCUCCACAAUCGAAUGCAUAGUGAUUCCCCUAAUUGCAAAUGAAUUUGAGCAUGUUAUACUCUUAGCAAACGAGGGAAGUUUUUGAAUUUUGAGAAGUCGAAUCGUGAGCUUGAAGAACAUAAUCAAUUUGUGUGUUGUGGCGGAUUUCUUGGAAAGAUGACGGGAAGAAUUGCAUUUAGAUUCGUGAAAGAAUGUUUGACACAGAAGUUGAAAUCGACGGCGGCUCCCAUUGCCACUCUCAGGCAUUAUUCCUCUUCUUCUUCUUCGACUGCUGCUGCUAAACCCAAUAUUCCUCAUUCUUCAAGAAAGGGAAGAUUACUUACAGGAGCCACCAUUGGCCUUGUGAUAGCUGGAGGAGCUUAUGCGAGCACGGUUGAUGAGGCAACAUUCGGUGGCUGGCUAUUCUCAGCAACAAAAGUUGUAAAUCCGUUCUUUGCAUUGCUGGAUCCAGAGGUUGCUCAUCGUCUGGCCGUCUCUGCAGCAGCUCGUGGGUGGGUUCCUAGGGAAAAGAGGCCAGAUCCGCCAAUACUAGAACUUGAAGUUUGGGGAAGAAGGUUUUCCAAUCCAAUAGGGCUCUCUGCUGGCUUUGAUAAAAAUGCUGAGGCUGUUGAAGGUUUACUUGGAUUAGGUUUUGGUUUUGUGGAAGUUGGAUCAGUAACUCCUAUUCCACAGGAGGGCAAUCCAAAGCCUCGUAUUUUCAGAUUGAGAAAUGAGGAUGCCAUAAUUAACAGGUGUGGCUUUAAUAGCGAAGGAAUAGUUGCUGUUGCCAAAAGGUUGGGUGCCCAACAUGGUAAGAGAAAGCUUGAUGAAACAUCAAGUACUGCAACUUCUUCUAGUGAAGAAGUCAAACAUGGAGGGAAAGCUGGUCCAGGAAUUCUUGGGGUCAAUAUUGGGAAGAAUAAAACUAGUGAAGAUGCUGCUGCAGAUUAUGUACAAGGCGUACAUACAUUAUCCCAGUAUGCUGAUUACUUGGUAAUUAAUAUUUCAUCGCCCAAUACCCCUGGACUCCGUCAGCUUCAAGGAAGAAAACAGUUGAAGGACCUUGUCAAGAAGGUUCAAGCAGCUCGUGAUGAAAUGCAAUGGGGUGAAGAGGGUCCUCCUCCAUUGCUAGUCAAAAUUGCUCCAGACUUGUCUAAGCAAGACCUUGAAGAUAUUGCAGCGGUUGCUCUUGCUCUCCGCUUGGAUGGUUUGAUUAUAUCAAAUACAACCAUUUCAAGGCCAGAAGUAGUGCAGGGAAACCCUGUGUCAAAGGAAAGCGGUGGACUGAGUGGGAAGCCUCUUUUCAGUUUAUCAACAGCUAUCCUGAAGGACAUGUAUAUUCUAACAAAGGGAAAGAUUCCUUUGAUUGGCUGCGGAGGUGUGGGCAGUGGCGAGGAUGCUUACAAAAAGAUUAGAGCAGGAGCAACUCUUGUUCAGCUUUAUACAGCAUUUGCUUAUGGUGGCCCAGCCCUCAUACCUCAAAUAAAGGCGGAACUUGCGCAAUGCUUAGAAAGAGAUGGUUUCAAGUCCGUUUAUGAUGCAGUUGGUGCAGACUGCAGAUGAUCGAUCGUGUUGAAUUAUCACAAUCUUUUUGAUGGUUUUGUAAAGAUAAGAGAUGGAGAGGAUGCAUUUGCAUCUUUGAUCUGGAGCUGUAAUUUUCCAGGCCUUGAAAAUGUUAGUUUAUUUUUUUUCUUGUUUGAGAGUUAGUAGUUGAAGAAAGUUUGCACAAUUUUGAUGAUUGACUGAUUCCAUAAAUUAUUGCUCAUAACAAUGUGUUACUCUUAACCUCAUAGAAAUGGGGGAGAAUGAUUAAUGAUAUGUUGCAUUUCAAACA